UCACUUCCAAAAUCGUACGUUCUUUCACAUGGAGAAAUUUCCAUCUGCUUAGUUUCUCUCACUAACCCGCUGCCCACAGAACACACACUUCCUCUAUUGUUUUACCCGCACUGACUGUGCGCAGAGUAGUCUCCCCAUAAUUCAUAAGAGAGACAGAGUAGUGUAUGUUCAAGCCCCUAAAUAAAUGGCUCGCUAUAUUCUGAUUCUCUUCUUCACUCUGCUACUCCUUGUUGUCUCCGCCUCCGCGCACGGCGGAGAUUCUGACUCGGACUCGGGCUCCGGCUCCGGCUCCGGCUCGUUGGAUAAACCGAACCUGAGAUCUCGGUCUCUUAUUCUGGUGAAAAUAUGGUGCCUGAUACUGGUGUUUGUUGGGACUUUUGUCGGGGGGAUUUCACCUUACUUCAUGAAGUGGAACGAUGGUUUUUUGGUUACUGGGACCCAAUUCGCCGGUGGGGUUUUCUUGGGGACUGCUUUGAUGCAUUUCCUGAGUGAUUCUAAUGAGACAUUUGGGGACUUGACGGAAAAAGAAUACCCAUUUGCAUUUAUGUUGGCGAGUGCUGGAUAUUUGUUAACUAUGUUGGCUGAUUGUGUUAUUUCUUAUGUUUGUGGGAAACAGAAGAAUAUUUCUGCUAAUAAUCACACUGAAAUCCAAGGUUCUAACGAUGAAAAAGGCUCCAUUAACGGAGUACCUUCACAGUCGCAUUUGCAGAUUGAGACUGACGCCGAAGAAAAUCUUGCUAAACAUUCCCUCACGAAUGCUACUUCACUCGGGGACAGCAUCUUGUUAAUUGUUGCACUGUGCUUUCAUUCCGUGUUUGAGGGCAUUGCGAUUGGAGUAGCCAAGACAAGAGCAGAUGCCUGGCGAGCCCUCUGGACCGUCUGUCUCCACAAGAUAUUCGCUGCAAUUGCUAUGGGAAUAGCUCUUCUUAGGAUGAUUCCAGAUCGCCCCCUCUUAUCUUGUGUAGCUUAUGCUUUUGCAUUCGCCAUAUCAAGUCCAAUCGGUGUUGCCAUUGGAAUUAUAAUAGAUGAAACUACACAGGGUGCUGUAGCAGACUGGAUUUACGCUGUAUCAAUGGGUCUAGCUUGUGGGGUUUUCAUCUACGUAUCCAUUAACCAUUUACUGUCCAAUGGUUAUAAGCCUCAAAAACCAGUUUCAGUCGUUAAGCGACACCAUAAGUUUCUGGCUGUGUUGUUGGGUGUCGGGGUGAUUGCCGUUGUAAUGAUUUGGGAUACUUAGUUAAUGCUGCAUUUUUACGACAAGAAUUUGUACUACCGCUUAUGUUUUUUUACUUAAGUACAUUGUAAUUUGGGAUACUUAAGCCCUUGUUUGGCUAAGCUAAAAACAAGAAUUAACAAUCA